GCAAGAGCACUAAAACGUAUAGGAAAACUCGACUCUGUCUUUACCCUGUUAACUUAUACUGAGGAUACCCACCGUCCACCAGAGAAUCGAGAAUCGCUAGGUUUACAGGAAGAAAAAAGCAAAAUUUCGAAUUCCGUCGUUCUUGAAUGAUUCGACACAAUAGCAUCCGCGAUGCUCUUCCUGUAACAGUGGACGGAACAGAGGAGGAAUCCCCUCUGCUAAUGUCGGUACAGUUACCAAAGGAAUUUCUUGAAAAUCAUCUUUCAAAAAAUUUGGAAAAUAUCCAUCUAAACUGCACUGAUUCAGGCGUAUCCGUCAUAGCUGGAGGAAGGUCUUAUACAUGCACUUCAAUCCCAGAAACAGCACCUCAUGAAGUAUAUAGGCUGAAUGAUUCUCGGUCUCUCCAUCUUGUAGGCCGGGUAUAUCAACGUCUCCAAUUGCGUCGAGAAUUCGACAGUCGUAUGGCAGAACGAGUGAAAAGUCGAACGAAAGAAGCACAAAAAGAAAAAGACGAAAAGAGAAUCGUUGCCCUUCACGAUACGGGCUUUAACGCGACCAAAGCCUCCCGAAAACCAAAGCCGCAUCGAACAACUCAAAAACCAUUUCAUCGUCCGUUAAAUUCGUCUGCAUUUCCAAAGUCAUCUGCUCACAAUAUCCCAUCAUCAUCAGUUCCAAUUCCCUCAUCUUCUCCGACUUCCCCUGCUGGGUUGCCUUCUGAUCAUCCGGCAGUAUCAUCACCCUCCACCUCUUCUUCGUCUUUGAAAAAUCGACUGGACCUUCGUACGAGAGUUGUUCAGCUAUUAGCUGUCGCUGCGGAACAGGAGGACGUUCUUCUGCAACGUACAAAAGCUUCAUCCGCUGAGCUACGUUCUUUGCUGCCAGAUAUUGCCUGGAAAAAUCAUCAAGCAAAAUGGGAGCUGUUUCCAAAUAUUUAUAAAGAAGUUAGGGUUUAUGACUGGCGGCCUUACAGUGUUGCUGACCGGCUCACGGUAAUUCAGCGGGCUACUUCUGCCUUUAACGAAUUAGGCCUACCACAAGAUGCACCCGAACGUCUUUCUUUAGCUUCAGGCAAAAAGUCUUCGAACCCGUUGUCAAAACACAACGUCGAUAAAAGAAUGUCAUCUACUCAUGUUCCUACUUCAUCGGUAUUGACCCCUUCCUUUGUGGACACAAACUUGCCUUCUUCUUCCACUUCACAUAUUAUAUUAAACUCUAAUCCACAUCCUCAUAACCAAAAAUAUCCAAAAUCGUCCUCUUCAACUGAUUCUCCUCCAUCUUCUCUCCAACACAAAACUUCAUCCAACUUGUCCCGCACUGGUUCAGAAAGCUCAGCUGUGUCUAUAAGUGACACAGGGAACAUGAGUACUCCUGUUUCUGAUAUACCCUCACCUACUUCUUCCGCUAAUUAUUCGAAUCUGUCUUCUCCUCAGGGCAAACGAAAAAUGUAUUCUCCAUCUUAUUCUCAAUUCAAUGCUCGCACUGGCAUGCAUUCGUCCGGGGAUAUAUCAGAUACUUCUAACCUGCAGCAAAAACAAGAACAGAAUGUAACAAAACCAAAAAAACGAAGACAGCAGAGAUACACGGAGGAGGAAAUGAAGGCAUUAGCAAUGCGUUUUCGGGAAACGUAUCCUCAGUAUAAAGACUUAUACCUAAAAGUUUCAGCCUUUUACAAUAAUAACGACACAGCUAAUCCAAAUUUUAUAUCAUUACAAGGUGAACUGAUAUCGCUGCACUCUCAGCUGAAAAGCUGGAAAAAUACUCUUUACGCUGCAUCUGACGAUUUACCAACAUAGUGUUCUUCCGUUCGCACAUGAUUAAUGAUGAGCAUGUCCUUUUCUAAACAUGAAGUGAUCGAUAUAUUACAUAUAUAAUAUCUCUCAUCAUAUGUCAAUCAAAAGUUUUUUUUUUCUUAUUUGUGUUUCUUGUCUUUUCCUUGCUUCACUUUUUGGUCAAGAAAAUAAACCCUUUUGAGAUUUUUUGCUUGUAGUUUUCGACUGUUAUGAAUAUUUCAUAUAAUGGAUUACGAACUGGACAUAAUGUCUAUUAACUUACUUUCCUUUUUGUCAUUCAAUGUAUUCUCAUAAAGACAUGCAAACCUACUCUGUCGAUUUAGCAACGAUUUUAUAAGAAAGACAAAAACGAUUGUUUGAUGGAAUGAAUUUAUUUAUUCUUGAUACUUUAUAUACAAAAAUAAUUAUACACAAACUGAUAAAUAAUCCUCAAAGAAGGAAGAGAACAUGAUAUAACUUAAGUUUAAUAAUCCUUUGACAACUUCAUAGUCACAUGCACGAGUUUUUAACAUUGAUUUCAAGAUAGCACUCUCAAGCCCAAACAAAUAG